CGCUGAGGCUGUGCGGAGUGAGCAUAGACCAUGGGCUCCUAGUGGUAGCGCUAUACAGAAACCAAUAGGCUGUUCAACUGACUUGACUGUACAUUUACAGUGCGUAGGCACAGGCUAGGCACAUGUGAUCUUGGGCAGCGGGUCCCCAAUGAAAUGUAAACAUUUGCUUAUGGACUGAAGUACAUGGGGUUUUGGGGUUUGUGCAUACACAUUUAGACUUGGCUAUCUAUGUAUUGAUGAGGAACGGUGGAGAGACAUCGGUGAAGAUUUGCAAGGUGUCCGUCCAUGAGACGCGUCUCAAGGAGCCGAAACCAAGACUGCAACUACAUGAAUGGAGGCGUUUCUCUUGAACCCAGUAUACACAAUUUAUAUUUUCUUUUAGGUUGUAAUAUGAUAUUGUAUAGUUGCGUACAUAUUGGAAAAAUAGACAUGACCAUUGCAAGUUAACUCGUGGGACAAACAGCUGGAAUUUCAGAUGAUCGCGAGAGACUGAUUUGGUUCUUACGGCUGUGGAUAUUAAUCGAUCCCGGGCUCGAACGAGCGGGCUACAAUGAAUCCUCUAAAUUAUUGGACAUCACAACUGGCUUUAGUCAGUAACUAGGACCUAUAUAAAACUUUAACUAUUAAAAUAAGUACAUUUGCUGCUGUUUGGACAUAUUUUCCCGGCAAAAUCAAAGGAUUUGCGCACAAUCCGUGGAUGUUUAAUAUGCAAGUAUGGGUCCGCUAGCGUUCAUCCUUGUUGCUGGAUUAUUGUACUUUCAAGUUGAUGGAUCCCGUCUGCGCCAGGAGGACUCCCCACCCCGGAUCGUAGAGCACCCCUCUGACCUGAUCGUGUCCAAGGGGGAGCCCGCCACCCUCAACUGCAAGGCGGAGGGGCGGCCCAGCCCCACGGUGGAGUGGUACAAGGACGGGGAGCGUGUGGAAACGGACAAAGAUGACCCGCGGUCUCACCGCAUGCUCCUUCCCAGCGGCUCCCUCUUUUUCCUACGUAUCGUCCACGGACGACGCUCCAAACCGGAUGAGGGCUCCUACGUCUGCGUCGCCCGCAACUACCUAGGAGAAGCUGUCAGCCGCAAUGCAUCCCUGGAAGUAGCAUGGCGGUGUUGUGCACCGCUGGAAGACACUGACAUGCAGGCUGCACCUGACCCAAAGAUCAGCUUACCUUUGAAGAGUCUCACAGAGGCCCCAGGGGCCACAAACUCUCUGGACUCUGGGGAAGGUUACAGGACCGACAGUUCCUUCAAUUAA